UUGGAAGCUAUCGAUAAGUGUCCAACCAAUGAAACUACGUGGUAAGCAAGCAGAAUAAUGGCAAAUAAACCAAAAGACGAGGAAAGCACAAAUGAUUGGGAUCAGAGCGAUGAAGAUGACAACUGGGAUGAUUGGGGCGAUGGCGAGGAAGAUGAGGAUAAGUUUGUACACAUUGAAAAAGAACAGGAACCUGAAAACAAAAAAACAACGAAAGAGAAACCAGAAACAAAUGCUAAAGCUCAGCCCGAGACAACAGCUGCUCCUCCUGCACCCACCUCUUCUUCUUCCUCCUCCACUGGCUGGGGCUUAUGGAGCGGCAAGUUGAGCUCUGUGCUGAGCACUGCUACCGAGGGCCUGGGCAACAUUACAACCCAAGUGAAUCAGGGACUUAAUCAGAUAAUUGGCGUACCCGAUCCCGAGGAACUGGCACGCAUAAAUGCAGCCGAGGAGGCAUCUAAGCCGAAGCCGGAACCGCCAAUCAGAGACGAAGAUUCGCCACAAACAGGUGCGGAAAAAUCCGACGCUGGAGGUGUACCUGCAUUUAAUCUUGGAUUGGUCACAACUAUCGGCUCGAAAGUCCUCAACACAGGCCUGGACACUCUCGAGGGCAUUGGCAAAAAGACAAUGACCAUAUUGCAAGAGAACGAUCCUAAGCUGAUGAACAAACGCAAAUUGCUAGGACUCGAGGCGAACAAACCCAAUUUGAGUGCCGUGCUGCUGGAAGCGAAAAAGGAUGCAGAUCAAAUGGAGCAGUCGCUGCAACAACUGCAAGCGGAGAAGCGUAAGGCACAGCUACGAUUCGAAGUGCUCUUUGAGAACUAUUGCGGCCUGAUGCACUACGAGGCUCUGGAAAUACUAUCAAAAGAGUCGCGACUCAAACUGGACACGCUGCGCGAUGCAGUUAGCGGGCAGGCGCUAAGCGAGCUGCAGGAAACUAUUGGCGAGGUCAAGGAGCUACUGGAACUAGAGGAUCUGGAAUGCGACAGCGAAGGCGACUAUACAGCUGAAGAACUUGGCGAGCGCUUGGCGGCCACGAUAGCUGACGCAGAGCUGGGUAUUAAGUUCGAAGAUGUCGCUAGUCAUUGGUCAGAAGCGCUGAAGUGGCUCAGCUCGGAAGAGGCAGCCGUUGCGGACCUGGAACAAGCCUAUGAGAAGAGCAUCAAUGCAUUGAGUGAAGCCAGUGCCCUGCAAAUGUGCAAACUGCACAAAAUCGCUGAACUGAUGCUGGUGAAGCCCCAUCACAGCACUGCCAACGAAGUGGAUGGCAUUGUGCAACUCUGCAAGCAAUUCAACGGACAUCUCCAGGGACUAACACAACGAUUCGCCGCGCAUCUAAGCAGCAAGAGCGAUGCCGCCGGCUCAGAAGAAUGCAAAGCGAGGGUCAACACCUACUUUAGCGAAAUGUUGUCCGCCGUAAAGUACAUAGAGCAGGCCUAUAAACUCUUUACGCCCAUAUUGCAAUUGGGCGCCGUCUAAUAAAAUGUUGUUAUAAUACCAUAUUAUAAAGAAUUAGCUAUCUAUUUGUCCUCAUCUUGUGUAAUGGCUUUUUGUUUUUAUAUAAAUAUGUAAUGAAUUAUUUUCGCUAUGUGAUACAUUA